CGUCUUUUGUCCUCCAGUGCCCCGGCCGGUUGCUAGGCGGGAGCCCGUUUGAAAUCGUGGUCGCGGAGCGGCAAAAAGGCUCGGAGAGGCGGGUUUGACCACGAUCCGUGUGAGGCUGAGGAUGGAGCGGAGGGUAGCGGGCGAUCGGGGCUGAGGCCUCGCGGCCGGGCUGGGCUCUAGGGGGUUCCCUGGUACCGUUCCCCUCUCCCGAUCUGGCCUGUGAACCCGAAGAUGGUGUCCAAGCCCGAUCAGCUCCUCGUUGUGGUCUCCGUCCUGGAAGGGCGACAUUUUCCCAAGCGUGCAAAACACAUGCUUGUAGUGGAAGCAAAGUUUGAUGGAGAAGAGUUGGCAACUGAUCCUGUGGAACAUACUGAUCAACCAGAGUUUGCCACAGAGUUAGCUUGGGAAAUUGAAAGGAAAGUACUUCACCAGCACAGGUUGCAGCGGACACCAAUUAAGCUUCAGUGCUUUGCACUGGAUUCGUUGUCUUCCACUAAGGAACCUGUAGGGUACAUUGUUCUAGAUUUAAGAAUUGCUCAAGAAAGGAAACAGGACCCAAAAUGGUAUCCACUGCUCAGCAACAAAUACACGAAGUUCAAGUGUGAAAUCCAGAUAAGCAUUGCUUUGGAAACAGAUACGAAAGGUCUGGCAGAUUCCUUUAAAGCAAAGGAAGCACCACCCCGGGAGGGAAAAGUGCUCUCUGGAGUGGAUCCUAAGACGAUCGUAGCAGUUCUGAAUGAGGAAGAAGGCUAUCAUCAGAUUGGACCAGCAGAGAGCUGUAAAGACUUUUUUGUUAUGUCAGUGACUGUUGCUUUCGCCACACAACUGGAACAGUUAAUUCCUUGUACAAUGAAACUUCCAGAACGACAAGUCGAGUUUUUCUUUUACUAUUCGUUACUUGGAAAUGAUGUUACAAAUGAACCAUUCAAUGAUUUGAUGAACCCAAACUUUGAGCCAGAGAGAGCAUCAGUUCGAAUACGCAGCAGUGUUGAAUUUCUUCAGGUUUAUCUGUCUGCUCAAUCUAAACUACAAAUCCACCUCUGCUGUGGAGAUCAGUCACUUGGAAGCACAGAAAUAUCACUAACUGGAUUGCUGAAGAAAGGACAUUUAGAAAUUGAUCAGCAUCCUGUAACAGUCGAAGGGGCUUUCACUCUCAACCCACCUAACAGGAUCAAACAAAAGCUUGCACAUCUCCCUUUGGAACUGGCUCCUACAGUGGGAGUGUCUGUGACUCUACAAAAAGAAAGCAUAAAUGCUCAGCCUGUAGUUGUAUUUGAUCCAGAGCAUGCAAAUAAAAGAAUAUCAACAGCCACAGUGGAAAACCCAAUAGAUUCUGAGCAGCGAGCUCCGAGUAUGUCUCCUCUUUCAACUCAGGAUGACCAUUCACCACCUGUUAAAGAUGAUGCAACAGAAAGUGAAAUGGAAAGUCUACAAUAUGACAAAGGCACAAAACCAAAUCAUAAGGGUCCCUGCCAGCCAGUCGAUGGACUGAAACCGCCUCCUGGGAGCUGUGGGAGCCAAUCUGAAAGUUCAGAAGCAGCCAUUCAGACAGCCAAGAACCCUCCUGCACCGGAUUCUCAGGCCCACCCUGGGGCAGCAUCCCAUGCAACUGAAUCAACUUCAGGACAUAAAAUUGCCAUUCCAGCCUCAUCACAUCAUUUUUGCUUUUCAAUAGACUUACGGAGCAUCAGUGAUUUAGAAGUUGGAUUUCCUGUCAAUUGUAUUUUAAGGUAUUCAUAUCCAUUCUUUGGAAGUGCCUCUCCUAUUAUGACGAGCCCUCCUGUGGAAAUUAAAAAGAACAUGGAAGUGUUUCUUCCCCAGUCUUACUGUGCAUUUGAUUUUGCAACCCUGCCACAUCAACUGCGAGAGACUUUCUUCAGAUUACCACUGCUGGUGGAAUUAUGGCAUAAAGACAAGAUGGCUAAAGAUCUUCUUCUAGGAAUUGCCAGGCUCCAACUUUCAACUGUUUUAACUUUGGAAAAAACCCGUUUCUUAGGGGCUAAUGGUGAGCAGUGUUGGCGUCAGACAUUCAGUGAAAGAGUGUUGGUUACAGCGGCACAAGGGACCAAUAAGAAGAUAGCUGAUCUUUCAUAUACUGUGACUCUAGAAGAUUAUGGCUUAGUGAAAAUGCAGGAAAUUUUUGUGUCUGAUUCAUCUCAGAAUGUAUCCAUUCUUCAGCAGAAGCCGCUUUCUUCUCCUCAGGCACUUCCUGUUCCAGAAACCCAACCAAAGCCCAGAGAAACUCUUGAAUACAAGGCAGCACUUGAGUUAGAAAUGUGGAAGGAGAUGCAAGAAGAUAUUUUUGAGAACCAGCUGAAAAAGAAGGAGCUGGCUCACAUGCAAGCCCUUGCUGAGGAAUGGAAGAAAAGGGAUCAUGAAAGAGAGUCAUUGGUGAAGAAAAAGGUGGCAGAAUAUACAGUUCUAGAAGAAAGACUCCAAAAAACCCUAAUAGACCUCGAAAGGCGGGAACAACAACUUUCAAAUGCUGAAACAGAGCUUCAAAGAGGGAAGAAAAACCUGCAAUCGGAACAUGAACGAAAUCACCAAGAGCUACAGGAUUCCAUUCGACGAGUCAAAGAAGAAUGUGUUCACCAAGUGAAGAUGGAAAGGCUAAAGAUUCAACAAUUGGAAAAGGACAAACUCCACCUUCAGCAGCAGCUUAUUGAUGCUGAAAAAAGGUAUAAGAUUUUGGAAAAAGAGUUUCAGCAGUUCAAGGAUCAGCAGUGCAGCAAACCAGAAGUUCAUUUGCAAUCUGAAAUAAACCUCCUCACUUUAGAAAAGGUUGAACUUGAAAGAAAGUUGGAAUCCGCUACUAAGUCUAAACUACAUUACAAGCAGCAAUGGGGACGAGCUUUAAAAGAGCUUGCAAGACUGAAGCAGCGCGAGCAAGAAAAUGCAAUGGCCCGUCUUAAAAAGCAGCAACAAGAACUAGAGCACAUGAGACUACGUUACCUGGCUGCAGAGGAGAAAGAUACUGUGAAGACUGAGCGACAGGAACUCCUAGAUAUAAGGAAUGAACUGAAUAGAUUAAGGCAGCCGGACCCAGAGCGAUGCCCAGAGGCCAGGGAUAUUGCAAGUGGAAGAGUCGAAAGUCCGUGCAGCAAGGCUGUGGAAGAGGGUUUAGAUGAACAUUUGACUCGCCUCAUAGAAGAGAGAGAUACUUUGAUGAGAACAGGCGUAUAUAAUCAUGAGGAUCAACUAAUAAGUGAACUGGACCGUCAGAUCAGAGAGGCGUUGGCAAAAAGCAGUGGCAGUAACUAGUAACAUUUGGAAAAGUCUUUCGUAGCUUUAUGCAGACCUAGGUUUGUUUUUAUUUCAUUACAAAACCCAGGAAAUGGAAAAAAGUUAAAAAAAAUUGCUGUUUUUACCUUUUUUCUAAGAAUCCAAAUUUGCAUGUUAAAGUUUACAGUAUUUAUUUGGUUUUUAUGUUCCUUUAAAUGUAUUCUACCUCUCACUCUACCCUGCUUUUAUUUGUAAUUGCUUUUUAUAUGCUCUAAGUGAUAUUUUUGUGUUGAUGGCUAACUUCAAAAUGACUGUUCACUAAAUUUGUACUUGCAAAGAAUGACUGCAAUAAUUCUUAGAUACAAUUUUACAUACUGAGCCAGAAAAUGUUGCACUUUACAAAUGCUGUUUAGUUAUAUUUGUAGCUAUCUUUUAGAAGGUUAGAGUAGUUAUUAACCUGUUUUAUUAACUUUCACCCAUUUUGCAACCUGUCCUUUUCUCUCCUAUUCCCCCCCACCCCCCCACCUAAAGUUAACAGAUGUAAAUGGAAAGAUUUUGAAGUAGAAACCAGUACAUUGACUGCAGGGAAACCACAUGACAUAUUAGAUGAUUCCAGGAGAACAUUUUUUCAGUAAUCAGAUCCAUUCUAUUUCUCUCCUCCAGGUUUCACUGAGUUCCCCUAAUAAUAGUCAAGCAAAGUGAAGAGCCUAAUAUAAGCAGGCUUCUCUUUCAGCCAUAGUUGCAAGGAUGAAUUUUUUUCUCCUAUUGGAUACAGGAAUCCUUACUUCUUCCCAUCAGUUACUAAUGCAAAUCCUCUGGGCCUCAAUGGGAGCACACCUUGUGCUGUAAAGUUUCAAAGGAGAAAAUCAGAAAGCGUUAAAAAAAAGAACACUUUGCUGAUUUUUUUCACCUUUAUUUAGUUUAUUUUUAAAAAAGAAAAAUGGGAAUAAUGUGUUGUGCCUACAGGGUGCCAAGUCGGCAUAAGCCUUUAAAGUUCCCUUAAAAUUUCCGGGACUUCAGAGCCAAACAUUGGUAUAACUGUUUUCCCUAAUGCAACAGUUUAUUCUGUUUUUACAGUGUGUUCUAUUACUGUACUUGGCAAAUGUUUAUAGCAGUACAUUUUCUAUGUUACUUUCAUAAUAAGCAUCCCAAAUUCCAUCAUUUCCAAAAUGGCAAACAUAAAAUCAUUCCCAUUGGGAAAUGGACAUUAUUGACCAAAAACUUCUAGAAACACAAAAUGGUAUUUUGUAACAUCAAGGAGUUUUUGUUUCAUUUCUGGGGAGGUAAGUUAACAUGGUUAUUAAUGUCACCACACAAGUUGCAGGUCCCAUUUUUGGAUUUGAAAAAGUAUUCAUCUCACACCAGCAACAUUUCUAGCAGUAAUUUCUGUGAGGAAUGAGAAUAAUGAAUAAGGGGGCUGUGUAGUUACUAAUCACAGCAUGUGUUUCAAUAUGAAUUACGCUUUCAUGGUUCUCGCAGUGAUUUCAUGCCAUUUGGAUGAAACUGCAGUGUUCUUUUAUGACCAAAGGAAGACCUGUUUCCAACGUUGAUGCUCUCCCUAGUUUUACUGUGUGCUGGUGAUACUAUUUUCAAACACAAGAGGGGGCCUUAGACUUUAAAAAAAAAAACAAAGGGAAUCUUCUGCAUUGAUUCUAGACUUUGCUUUGAAAUAAAGUGAUUUUUU